UUGCCUCGGUGUUUGUUGCAUACAAACAUGUAAAAGAAGAUAAAAUAAAUCGUAAACAUACACACACUGAAAUACACAAAAAAUACAUACACGUGUCUAGCACAAUAACAAAAAUAUUGAAGAAGGAACAAAAGUUUACUCUGUGCUUCGUCCGGACCUUUAUAGUGGGACACAAGGAGGAAGUGUUUUUUUUUAAAGGCCUCGGACUCUUUGAAAUAACUCGUAAAAUUUAGGAGGAUUUUUUUCAACGUAACUGAUGUAAAGUUGGAUGUAAAGUUCAGGUUACACACUCCGAUACAGUAGGUGGCGGCCUGCUCCUGUAAAGACAUGGUUGCAACCCGCUAAGAAACGAAGAAGAAGAAGAAGCAGGAACUGUCUUCAGUACGAUGCAGAGAUCGAUCGCAGACUGCUGGAUAUCACCUGGAAACCUGAGAUAAAGUUACACAGAAUAGCAGUAGAUUCUCACUGACCAGCAGCUCAGGAACUCAGGGGAGGAACUCCAGUCUGGACCAGGAGGAACCAGAACCAAAGAGUGACCAGCUCCUCUCUCACAACUCUCCUCUUUGAGAUGAGGAAGAAAAAAAAUGACCUCCCACAGCAACAUAUCUGCACAGAGGGGGAGGUUCUCACUGAGCAGCAGCUCUGUAACCAGGAGAGGAACUCCAGACUGGACCAGGAGGAACCAGAACCUCCACAAAUUAAAGAGGAGCCAGAGGAACCAGAACUUUCACAGAUUAAAGAGGAAUAUGAGGAACCAGAGUAUCCACAGAUUAAAGAGGAACAGGAGGAACUCUGCUGCAGUCAGCAUGGAGAGCAGCUUGUAGUGAAGCAAGAGACUGAUUCCUUUAUGGAAACUCCUAAUGAUGAGGAAACUGAGCACAGUGAAUCAGAACCAAACCAUGACCAGCUCCUCUCUCACAACUCUCCUAUUUCUGAGAGCCCAGAUCAGGAAGGAAGCAACCACAUAAACUCAAGAUCAACCAGAAAUGCAGAGCUGAAACCAAGAGACACAAGCCACAGUAACAAUGUAGACAACUCUCCCAUGUCAGAGAGUCAGUGUGAUACUGACACAGGUAAAAAAUCUGUAACAUGUCACGACUGUGGAAAAGCCUUUAAGCAUGAGUCCCUGAUGAAAAGGCAUUACAGAAUCCACACUGGUGAGAAGCCUUAUUGUUGUACUAUGUGUGAUAAAAUGUUCAGUCAUAGCGGUAAUUUGACUGUCCACAUGAGAAGUCACACGGGUGAAAAACCCUAUCUUUGCAUAACAUGUGGCAAAAGUUUCUCGGUUCACCGUGCUUUGAUUUUACACACUAGGACUCACGCAGGUGAGAAACCUUACCUUUGUAAAAUAUGCGGUAAAAAAUUUACUUCAUCGUCUUCAAUUAGAAAGCAUUUGAUAAUCCACUCAGAUAAUAAGCCAUUCUCUUGCGAGACAUGUGGAAAAUGUUUCAAUCAAAGUAGUGCUUUGACUAUACACAUGAGACGUCACACUGGUGAGAAACCAUAUUGCUGCCCAACGUGUGGGAAAACCUUCACUCAAAGACCUAAUUUAGUUAUUCACAUGAGGAGUCACACCGGUGAGAAACCAUAUGCUUGCAAAACAUGUGAUAAAACCUUCAGUCAAAGACCUAAUUUACUUAUCCACAUGAGGACUCACACAGGUGAGAAACCACAUUGUUGUGACACAUGUGGGAAAACCUUCAGUCAAAGUUGUGCUUUAACUAGGCAUAUGAGGACUCACACAGGUGAGAAACCACAUUGUUGUGACAUGUGCGGUAAAGCCUUCAGCCUAAGUACCACAUUAACCAUCCACAUGAGGACUCACACAGGUGAGAAGCCAUACCCUUGCACAACAUGUGAUAAAAGUUUUAGCCGAAGAAUGUAUCUGACUCUCCACAUGAGGACUCACACAGGCGAGAAGCCACAUUUUUGUGACAUAUGUAGGAAAGGUUUUAGUCAAAGUACUACUUUAACAAGGCAUAUGAGGAUUCACACGGGUGAGGAUUCGAUGUCCUGAAACAUCUGGGACAAAAAUCUCUGGGAAGCCGAGCUUUUAGACUGAGUUUUAAUGCAAAGAACUGAAAAAACAUGACUAAUACCCUUUCAGAGCACAUUUUUCCAAGCAAAAAUCAUACAAGCAACAAAGAAAAGUGUUUUCACCUUGAAUGUAUGACAAUAAGAAUCUUUGCUAAAAAUAAAAAAAUAAAACGUUGACUUUUGAUUCAAA